AUGUAUCGUGACCUUAAACGGUAUUAUCACUGGGUCGGGAUGAAGAAGGAUGUCGCUAGUUGGGUCUCGAGGUGUGAUACUUGCCAGCUUGUGAAGGCUGAGCAUCAGGUGCCGGGACGCCUGUUGCAGAUUUUACCCAUUCCAAAGUGGAAGUGGGAUAUGAUUACUAUGGAUUUUGUAGUUGGGUUGCCUGUGUCGCAGACUAUGGAUGCUAUCUGGGUGAUUGUGGAUCGUCUGACCAAAUGGGCAGUCAGAGAGGACGAUUCAGACCCUGGAGGACUUGAUGAGAAUGUGUGUGCUAGAUUGGGGUGGUCAUUGGGCCGAUCACAUGAACCUGGUAGAGUUUGCUUACAACAACAGCUAUCAAGCGAGUAUUGGAUUGUGGAGCGGGUGGGACCGGUUGCGUACAGGUUGGAGUUACCUGAGGUUAUGCAUGCGUUUCACAAUGUCUUCCACGUGUCAAUGCUGAGGAAGUUUCUUCACAAGGAUGACAAGGUGUGGGCUAAGAUUCCUACGGAUCUUCAGCCAACAUGA